UUCAGAAUACAAUGAAAUCGAUACAAACAAUUGAUAAACAUAAAAGGUUUGAAAAUGAAAUUUUACAUAGUAAAAAAUCGAAUAUUAAAUUAAAUGAAAAAACUUUUUUAAGUGAUUCUGAAUCGGCAAGUCCAGCAGCCUCAAUUAUUGACAUUUUGAAUGAAACAAAACAGCGACUUGAUAAUUUACAAGUUGAAACUCAAUUAGUUGAGGAGAAUUAUGAUAAGCAUUGUAUUCAAACAUCUGUACGAUACGCGGAUUUAUGGCGUACAACACAAAUAGUUGCUAAUCAAAACGUUUCUACUUCUACGCACACUACAGAUAAAGUUGAGACACUUAAUGAACAUGCUUUAACAGAUUAUGAAAGAGUAAAAAACGAUUCUACACAUGAUGUGAAAGUUGGUACAGAAGAUGAAUUACAACAAAUUCCUGAACCACCUCAAUUUGGUGCAUCAAAAUUACCACCAUUGUUUGAGGAAUUACACACAAAUAUCCUAUCUUCAUUUCAGAAUUUUCAAUCAACGGUUUUAGAGGUAUCUAGGGAUUUGAAUACGUUUGUUCAAAGUACAUCAAAGUUAUCCGAUAAUUUAAUUAAACCGAAAAGCGAUACUCUCCAACAGGAGCAUAAAAUAAAUUUAAAAGCAAAAGAAUUAGAAUCGAGUUUUCUGCCGUUGAAUGAUAUAGAAAAUGAUAUCAUGGAUGAUUUUAUAUCAAAAAUUGAUCCAUUAACUGAUCGAGGAUGGUAUCGAUUAGAGAAUGAGAAAACUGCAAGUGUUCCAACUUUUAAAACUGCCAAUUCGAAAAUUGAUGCACCAUUGAUUAAUAAUGAUUGGUUUUUCCGGUUGGAGAAUGAGAAAACUUCACACGUAUCGUCUAGUGUUCAAACUUUUGAUAGUAUAAAUGUUUCGAAAAGUAUACAAACACUUGAUAAUGUAGAUUUUGUAAAAUCUGAUGAUCAGUUACAAAAUAAACCAUAUCAAAAUGAAGAGGAAUUUAAAUUGGAUAUUUAUGAGACAAAUUCGAUGGAAUUUAUUUAUGAACAAAAUAUGGAAGAUAAUCAAUCCGGCCAUUAUUCCGGUAAUGGAAUUCAAUCCCAAUUAGAAAUUAUCCAAGAAAUAGUAAACAUGGAAAAUAAUAAUACAAAAACUAUAGAAACUGAAAAUAUUAGUGAAGUAAAAGAAGUUGGAUCUGAAUACGUUAUUGAACCAUUUAAAGCAUUUUCGCUUCCAUUACAAUGCGAUGCUGGUAGUAUUGAAGAUCAAACCAAAAACUAUUCACCAUCUAAUCAUAGUACAAAACCAAUUUGUUCACGUCAUUCAGAUAUUGAUCAAGCAACUAGUUCGAAAAACUAUAAUAAUAGCGAGUAUAGUCGUAUGAACGAACCAACGAAUUCUAAACAUGACUCCGAUUCGAUAAUUUCACAAGUUAAAGACCAAGAAGAAACAAACAAUACCGCUUCACAUUCGUUACAAAAUAUUAUUGAAAGUUUAGUAAAUAAAGUAUAUAGUUCGACGGAAGAUAUUGUAGCAAUUAUUGAUGAUAAAGAUAAAAAACAGCAAGAAAAAGAACAAUUAGUGCAUAUUUUGGAGCAGAUUAGUAUUGAAGAUAUCCCGAAUAAUAAGUCUUCCAAUUCAAAUACGAAUUCUUUAAAUUCUCCAAUUUCUACUGGAUUUGACAAUAAGAACGAUGAUUUUUGGAUGUGAGGUACGUGUUCUUCUAACUUGUGGUAGUGAUUUUUUGUGUAUUAAAAUUUUGUAGCAUACUGUCGGUUUACACGUGAAACAAAACUAAGUAAAUUUUUUUUAAAUUUCAAUGGCAAUAAAGUUGGUUCGCAAGUUAUAAAAAAGCUAUCUGUACUAACUCA